AUGAACUCUCAAGAAAUUCCUGAUCCAGUCCAAGAUUUUAAAGCUUUCCAAAGUUCACUAUUUAAAUCAUUAGUUUCAGCUACUGCAGCUGUAAACAGCAUUCCUGUCGAGGAAGUUGGUUUUUUUAGAUCACUUGAUAGAGGUUUUGCCAAAGAUCUUGAGCAAGCUGGAUCUAAUUCUUUAUCUAUUGGUAAUGCUUUAUUACAACAAUGUGCUAUCGACUGUGGUCUUUUAGUCAAAAGCUUUGAAGAUACGGACGAUGUUGUUGAACGAUAUGGAUCAGUCACUGAUGUUUGCGAUAGUUUAUUAGAGAAAGCUGAUAUAUGCUUGGAUCAACUUGGUGGUAAAAUAAAACAAGAUGAUUUUAAACAAGCCACUCCUGAAGAUAAACUGGAUUAUAAAUUUUUACAUGCUAAUAAUGUUAUACGUCCUCAGAUGAAAUUCAAAGAUAAAAUCGAUAAUUCGAAUACAACACCAUUUCAAAGAAAAAUUAAAUACAAGCCUCAUGCUCUUGUUCCUCUUGAUUUUACUGUAACAUCUGAAGAUAAAUCACUUCCUCAUCCGUAUGCAUAUGAAAUCAAUAAUAUUGAAUAUCCUGAACGUAUGUUUCAAGUUCAAGAACCUGAAAUGUAUAAAGCUUACGAUACCACCUCAGCUACCUGGGUUAAUACAGAAGAAGGGUUAAUAGAAAUGAUGAAAGACUUUGAAGGAGUUGAGGAAUUGGCAGUUGAUUUAGAACAUCAUAAUUAUCGUAGCUAUCAGGGCUUUACAUGUCUCAUGCAAAUUAGUACUCGUGAUAAAGAUUUUAUUAUUGACACAUUAGAGCUCAGAGAUAAAUUAUGGAUGUUGAACGAAUAUUUUGCUGAUCCCAAUAUUACGAAGGUACUUCAUGGUGCUGAGUCAGAUAUUAUAUGGCUUCAACGUGAUUUUGGACUUUAUAUUGUGAACUUAUUUGAUACUUACUUCCCAACUAAAGUACUUGAUUUCCCUCAUCACGGUCUUGCCUAUCUCUUAAAGAAAUAUUGUAAUUAUGACGCUGAUAAAAAAUACCAAUUGGCUGACUGGAGAAUUAGACCUUUACCUGAAGAAAUGUUGAAUUAUGCUCGUUCUGAUACGCACUUUCUUCUUUACAUUUAUGAUUGUCUUCGUAAUGAACUGGUAAAUAAAUCUACCUCUGAGGAUGGUAAUCUUGUUCGUUUCUGUCUUCAAAAAUCAAACGAAGUAGCACUUCAAAAGUAUGACAAGGAAGUAUAUGAUCAUCUUCACGGUCUUGGACCUAAUGGUUGGAAGAAUAUGUUAUCGAAAUGGAAAUAUGCUAUCAAUCCCCAACAAUUAGCUGUCUUUAAGGCUCUUCAUAGUUGGAGAGAUCAUACAGCAAGAGAAGAAGAUGAAUCUUGUCGAUAUGUUUUACCUAAUCAUAUGCUUAUGGCUUUAGUUGAACGUAUGCCUACUGACUCUAGUGGCGUUAUUGGCUGUUGUAAUCCUUGUCCUACUUUAGUGCGUAUGAAUGCACAAGAGAUUAGUUACAUCAUUCAAAAGGCAAAGAUGGAAGCCUUAUUAGCUCCUAAAGAAAAUGCUUUCAAUGAAGAAGCUAAACCUGUUACUGUAGAAGUCAAAUCAACACAUGGCAAUAAUAAUGGUACAAUUACAACAACUAUGAAAGUACAACAAAUUAGAAAGAAACGACCUCAUCUUGAUUCUGAUGUAUUUGAUUUAAAGAAAGCCAAGAAGCUUAGAACAGAAAUAGCUUCAAAAUUAGAGAAGGAGACUUCUGCAUUAUUUGGUUCCUGUUUUUGA